CUUGGAGAAAAUAAUAAAUACAUUUACUCGUACUACUUCGAGUAAUUUCGUUUUCCCCAACUUCGCACUUCUCACCUUUCCAAACACUCCCAAACUCCGAAGAUCGAGGAGAGAGAAAAUAUCGCCGGCGACCGGAUCCACUUUCCGGCGGUGCUGACGGCUAAUUUUCAUCUCCUGAUCUCUUUUUUUUAUCGAUUCAUUCUAACCGUAUGAUCUUCAAUUUUUCCGACGAUCGUAGAAAUACAAUUUUCGUUUGAGGAAAUUAGGGUUUAUCGUUCUCAUUUAUUUGAAAUUGAUUCUUCAAGGUGAGAGAAAUAGCUAGUCGAAGAAGAAGUUGUUCAUUUUAUGGAGGGGUGCAAGUUUGUGUAAGUUGUCUCUUCGAAGUAGGUUAUGCUUCGUCGACUCAGAUGGUUAAUUGAUUUGACUCAGAGAAAUUUUGCGGUGAAGCGAUUGACCGAUGCAGAGGUUAAACCAUUUAAGCCAGCUAUGUUGGACACUUUUCAUGAGGUGGCUAUUUACCUUCACAGGUUUCACAAUCUUGAUCUUUUCCAGCAAGGAUGGUACCAAAUUAAGAUUUCUAUGAAAUGGGAGGAUGGGGAUGGAACAUAUGUUGGAAUUCCCUCCAGAGUUGUACAAUAUGAAGCUCCUAAGAUGGGUUCUGAUGAUAGUUAUGGAGUUUGGAGAAUUGAUGAUUCUGACAACAGUUUUUCAACUCAACCUUUUAAGAUUAGAUAUGCGAGACAAGAUGUUCCUUUAUCUGUUAUGAUUGCUUUUAAUGUCUCCCUUUCAAACCGUGAGGUACAGCUAGAUUGCAGUAUUCAGGCUCAUAGAAGUCAUUUACCCUGCCUCAAUUAUCAGGUUCCUGCUAAGUCUGGUGUUAUUAUCAAAUUUGAACUUAUAUAUUCUCCUUUAUUGGAGAAAGGGUCAGAGUUGCAGGCUAUCUUAAGUACCUCUGCUGCUGCUGUCCACGAAUUCAGAAUCCCUCCUAAAGCUCUUUUGGGACUACAUUCAUACUGUCCUGUUCUUUUUGAUGCCUUCCAUUCUGCUCUAGUAGAUAUUAGUAUACAUAUUAGUCUCUUAAAAACAGUUGCACAGACUUUCCAGAAGAAGCUACCCAGCAAUUCUUUUACUGUUGAGAAUAUUGAUGGCAAAUUUCCUGACAAAUCAACUAAAGGUUUUGGUAAAGUGGUAAAAGAGGUGCUGCUUGUCAAAUCAUUGUUAACUGCACGUGACAUUCUUUUAGAAGAAGCACAAAAGCUUGGCAGAGCAAUUGAUCAAACCAUCGACUUCACUGAAUUCAUUUCCCAGCUGGAUGAUACAAAGUUGUUUGGCUCUUUAUUGCAAGCAGAUGUAUCUUCAACUAGUUCUGAUGGAAAAAGACCAGAAUUUGAUGACUCUCAAAAGAGUAAAGAGAAGGAAAGUCUUUUUCUUGAUUUUCGAAGUAAUGGGGCCCUUCAGUCGCUAUCUAGGGACAGUCUACUCCAUUUUGCUCAUACAAUUGGAAACCAAAAUCACUACUUAUGGAAUACUUUUUUAAAUUUCCACAGGGCUAACAAAACUAAGAUAAUGGAAUAUCUGAGAGAGUCAUGGGCCAAUGAUCGGAGAAUAGAGUGGUCAAUAUGGAUGGUGCAUUCCAAGGUUGAGAUGCCACACCAUUUUAUUAGUAGCAGAGGUGAUGAGGUUUCACUUCAUGGUGGCCUACGUGGAAAAGUAUCAGUAUUACGGAAGCUGGCUGAUGAUCCUGCUCAAACUGCAGCUACACGAGCUGAGCUUCACAGACGAAGUAUUGCACAAAUGAAAAUCAACAGUCGUUCAAUUCAAGACUUGCAGAUAUUUGGAGAUCCUUCAAGUGUGCCUGUGGUGAUUGUAGAACGUGUUAUCAAUGCACCAAGGCGUUCUUCUAGUGGCAAUUCAUACUUUGGUCAAGCUAUCCAGAGGGCCCCAUCGACCUUGCUUACUGAACUUAGUUCUGCGAGCAUAGUAUCUGGUGCUAAUCAUUUACAGAAUGGUCGUGUAUUGAAGAUUGUCAUCUUUGUGCAUGGAUUUCAGGGACAUCAUUUGGAUUUGCGACUCGUCCGUAAUCAGUGGCUUUUGAUAGAUCCAAAGGUAGAGUUUCUUAUGUCCGAAGCUAAUGAAGAUAAAACAUCUGGAGACUUCAGAGAAAUGGGGAACAGGCUAGCAAAGGAGGUUGUUUCUUUUGUCAAGAAGAAAAUGGAUAAAGUCUCAAGAUCUGGAGGGUUGCGGAGUAUCAAGCUUAGUUUUGUUGGGCAUUCCAUUGGAAAUGUCAUUAUAAGAACUGCAUUGGCUGAUAGUAUUAUGGAGCCUUAUCUCAGGUUCUUGCACACCUAUGUAUCUGUAUCUGGUCCACAUUUAGGAUAUCUGUACAGUUCAAACUCGCUAUUUAAUUCUGGGCUGUGGCUACUAAAGAAGCUGAAAAGCACACAAUGUAUCCAUCAGCUUACUUUAACUGAUGAUCCAGAUCUCCAGAACACCUUCUUCUUCAAGCUAUGCCAGCAAAAGACAUUGGAGAACUUUAAGAAUAUCAUCCUGCUAUCUUCACCACAGGAUGGUUAUGUACCAUAUCAUUCUGCAAGAAUUGAAUUGUGCCCUGCAUCCUCAAGUGACUUCUCAAAAAGGGGGAAAGUUUUUCUGGAGAUGUUGAACAAUUGCUUAGACCAAAUACGAUCUCCCUCUGUGGAACAUCGGGUUUUCAUGCGAUGUGAUGUCAAUUUCAACAUGUCUUCCCAUGGCAAAAACUUAAAUACUUUCAUCGGCAGGGCCGCCCACAUAGAGUUUUUGGAGACCGAUAUCUUUGCAAAGCUUAUAAUGUGGUCAUUUCCCGACUUGCUUCAGUAAUUAGGCUGGAAAGGCAGCCUUGUUAGUGGUUAUUAAGAUGCGUUAUGACCAAACUAUUCAGUUUCACGAUUCAGGGGUUCACAUACAAAUCCUUCUCGUCGAGGUUCUGAUUGCCAAAGUUUUGCUCAUAAAUGUUUCCAUCGGAAACCAGAGCGAAUGCCCGUCCAAUGUAUACUGUUCUAGGUACGCUAGAUUUUGUAUUUCUACUUUCUUGGGAUUAUGUUAGGUUUUCGUUUAGGAUUAUAGGCAGGAGUUCCCUCAUUUAGGAACCUAGAGGAUGAUUGCUCAUUGUACAGUUGACAAAUCUGCAUAAAUAAUGUUAUGCUUAACAAGUAGCUUAGUUACAUGGCGCUUUUUAUUUAUUUAUUAUUAUUCUUUUUUGA